CCUAGUGUUGUUGCCUGUGGACGUUGAACUGCCGAAUAAUUUUCUGCGUGGACUUAGUUUUUCAUUUAACAUUUGUAAUUAAAGGAGUUUAGCCAGAGAUUUUCAUCAUGGGCUUAAAAGACUGACUGUUGCCUCCUCAACCCGCAUCACAUUGGAAAAAAAAUACACACGUCUCCAAGGACUGUAUCUUAUUCAUCAUUUUCAGUUAAUACCUCCUACGAUAAUAAAAAUAUUGUUGGGAAAGUUGAAAGCUUGGGCCCUUGUUUGGAUUCAGAGUGGGGCAUCAUGGUAGACCUGGGAAAAUGGCCACUAUUCACCUUAUUGUCAUCUCAGAAAAUUGCAGAUAUCCGACAAGCAUGUGUAUUUGGUACCUCUGCAAAUGAAGCUGUUUACGUAACUCACAGAGAUGAGGUUUUUGCAUUUGGUCUUAACUGUAAUAAUAGCCUGGGAACUGGAGACAAUCAGAGUGCAAUAGUGCCUAAGAAAAUAGAAAUUCUGUGUGGAAAAAAGAUCAUUUCACUUAGUUAUGGAAGUGGACCACAUGUCAUUCUGGCUACUGCAGAUGGUGAAAUUUAUGCCUGGGGAAGUAAUGGUUAUAGCCAGUUGGGUGAUGGGACAACAAAUCCAUCUGCAGCACCCGUCAUGAUCUCCAUAAAUCUAGCCAAUAAGAAGGUCAUUGAUGUAGCCUGUGGGUCCCAUCAUUCUAUGGCACUGACAAAUGAUGGACAGGUGUAUGCUUGGGGUUAUAAUAAUUGUGGGCAGGUUGGAUCUGGAUCAGCAGUGAACCAGCCCUCCCCCCGCAGGGUCGCAAACUGUUUACAGAAGAAAUUUGUAGUUAAAAUUGCAUGUGGGCAGACCUCAUCUAUGGCAAUGCUGGAUAAUGGUGAGGUAUAUGGAUGGGGUUACAAUGGAAAUGGUCAGCUUGGCUUGGGCAACAGUACUAAUCAUCCAACACCUUGCAGAGUGACAGGUUUACAAGGAGCUUGUAUGAUCCAGAUUGCAUGUGGCUGUGCUCACACACUAGCUCUAACAGAUGAAGGAUUGGUGUAUACUUGGGGUGCUAAUACCUAUGGACAGCUGGGCAAUGGAAAUAAAAAUAACCAAGUGUGUCCUGUGCAGAUAAUGGUGGACAAAGAAAGAAUUGUGGAAAUUGCAGCCUGUCAUUCAACUCACAUUUCUGCUGCAAAAACUCAAACUGGUCAAGUGUUCAUGUGGGGUCAGUGCCGUGGCCAGUCUGUUAUCAUACCCCAUCUUACUCAAUUCAUGAGUACUGAUGAUGUGUUCACUUGCUUUGCCACACCUGCUGUUAUGUGGCGUCUCCUCUCUGUAGAAUAUGAAGACUUUUUAACUGUGUCUGAAUCACUGAAGAAAGAGUUCAACAACCCUGAAACUUCUGAUUUAAAGUUCAUCGUGGAUGGAAAACAAAUUCUUGUUCAUAAAGCAAUUUUAAAGAUCAGAUGUGAACAUUUUCGCACAAUGUUUCAGUCUUACUGGAAUGAAGACAUGAAGGAAAUAAUUGAAAUUGACCAGUUUUCAUAUCCAGUAUACCGUGCUUUUCUUGAAUAUCUGUACACAGAUGAUGUUAACUUGCCACCUGAGGAUGCCGUAGGACUUUUAGACUUGGCUACAUCCUACUGUGAGAACAGACUGAAGAAACUCUGCCAGCAGCUAAUUAAGACAGGAAUCACAGCUGAGAAUGCAUUCUUACUGUUCUCUGCAGCAGUUAAAUUUGAUGCAAAGGAUUUGGAAGACUUUUGCUUCAGGUUUUGCAUCAGCCAUCUGACAGAAGUAACUCAGACAGCUGCAUUUUGGCAAAUGGAUGGUUCUCUGCUGAAGGAGUUUAUUCUGAAAGCUGGUAAAUUUGGGGCCUUUAAGAAGUGAAUUGCAAGAAAAGAAAUUGUAGUAAUUCACUUUCCCUUCCCCUUGCUGAGUAUGGACAUUAACAAAAUCAUUGUGAAAGUUGUUUCAUCUUUGCCUGUGUCAUAAAAGCUUAUGUAGACAAGAUCAUAUGAAGUGAUUAUUUUGUAGACUGGAUAAAUUGUAGGCACUGGGAUAAAUCUGAAUUAACAUG